ACUCAAAUCUUCAUCGCUUAGAUCUUUCUUUAAAAACAAAUCAGAAUUUUCUUAAGAGUCAAGAAAAUUUCAAGAACCUAAUCGAUAAUGAUCUCAGUGGUGAUUAUUACUGAGCUACUAGUAGAGUACACGGCGGCUCUAGCCAAACUCACCGCCGGGAUUCUUCCACGGCGUACCGGCGAUAGAACUUCCGUACGGAUCGGCGGUUUUCUCCUUCCUUCACCUUCUUCGACGUCGAUGAUUCCUGACUUCUCUUCUCAUCUUGUUGAUUUCUGAUUUUGUCAACUUUUUUUGGCUUAUUUCCUCAGUUUUUGACUUGAGAUUUGCGUCCUCUCUUCUAUGAUCUAAUCGAUGAGAAGCGACUGAGAUUUUUACCGAGUGUCUCGUCGUCUUAAAUCGCGUUUUCUUGAAUCGCAUAGAGCUUUGUAAAAUCUGUAUAUAAUUUAUAUUUAGAGAGAUGGUUGGUGGUUUUGAAGAACUAAUAAGUUUACUCGAGCUUUUUUUGUUUCCAUGUAAUUUGAAUUAAUUUUUAUAGUUCUU